AUGGCGCUGCGCAACGCCGUCGAAGCAACCCCAUACCAAGCAACCCGAUCCCCCUCGCUCCAAACAACGCGCAACACCCAAACCUUCACCCUCGACACCUUUAGCAGCAAAGACUUCAUCGUCAAAGACUUUGUCGAAUCCCUCUCCGACGCGGCCACCUCGACUCGCCGCUCAGGCCAAGGCCUUAGUUCCACCAAUGCCUACCAAGCCAACCAAGCCUUCGACCCAAAGCCCCUCAUCCGCACCUUCGAGAGCGCCUUGUCUCGGCUUAAGACGCUGAGUGAGGACUUGGAAAGUCGGGAGAAUGAGCUGAGCGGGAGUGUGCGGCGUGCGGAGGGACAGCAUAAUUCGAAUGUCAAGUCGCGCGAGCGUGAACUGGAGAAGGCUAUUGAUUCAUUUCAGCGGCUCGAGAGGACUUUGGAUGGCGAUGGAGAUGUGGGAGGGAAUGCGGCGAUGAGAAUUGGCGAGCGACUGGAAGAGCUGGAUCGACAGCGACAACGCGCGCAAGAUGCCAAGUUCAUUUUGCAUUGCUGGCUGGAGGUCAGUGAAAGAGGAGAUCUGUCUACGCUGGAAGAUGUACGGAAGACUGGUGGUGGGGAUGGGAAGGUGAGAUGUGCACACAUCGCUCGCCAGCUCCUUCGCAUCUCUCAGCGAAUCGGACCUCAGGUGGAUGGAAGCUCGGCACCGCAGACGAAUGGCGUGCACUUUGCAAAUGGAACGAACGGAGACUCACGCGAUCGCUCACCUGGUGGCAACUUGCGAAGAAAAGACGGCAAGACACCGCGCGAAGUCAUUGAGAAGUUCUUGGAGAUGCUGGAAAAGGAUCUCCUCCGCUCGUUCGACGAAUUCUACCGACGGCAGAAUUUCGAUGGCAUGAGAGAGUGUGCGACAGCACUGCGCGACUUCAGUGAUGGCAACUCGGUCAUCUCACUUUUCGUAAAUCAACAUCAGUUCUUCAUCGAUCGCUCCCAGCUCGUCACGGAAGAGCUGACCACGGAUACGGACACCUGGGAUCGACUGGCCGAUCCUGAUGUCGAUCCGCCAGGAGUGGAGCCAAGCCUGCAGUCUUUGAUCGACGAGGUGAAGAUGGUGGCGCAGGAAGAGAGCUUCAUCAUCAAACGCGCUUUUCCAUACUACGAUGAAGUGCUGGCUCGCUUCAUUCAGCGUGUGUUCCAGCAGUCGAUUCAGCAAAGAUUGGAGAUGGUGCUGAACAAAGCCGACGACGUCUCGUCGCUUGCUUUUCUGCGGUCCUUGCAAGCCUCGAGGUCGUACAUCGCCGCCCUGGUCGAAGACCUGAAAGCUCAUGGUCUGACCGAGCAUCCCGAGCCCGUCUCAUCGGUCAUUGCUGCCGUGCUCGAUCAACAGCUUGACGAGCUUUUUAUCCCCUACUUCACUGGCUCUUCCUACAUCGAACGGGAGAAGCGCAAUCUGAGCGAGCUUUGCGAAGGCUUGCUCUUCAAAUUCACACUUUACCAUUCGAAGCGGCGAAAAGGGCAGGCGUCUUCGAACACCUAUAUCACAGCGAUCUCGCAACGAGCGAAAGAUUGGACAAGCAAUGCCCGGGAAGUGUACACGGAGAGACUGAACAACAUGGAUCUGCCGGAGAACCAGAAACGCAUCAUGCUUCGGGUUGCGAGACUUGGCGAGAAAGACCACGCUAAUCUCAAGAGCGAAAAGGACGUUGAUGUCACCGACGAGGAUGGGCAGCUCAGCUUACCAUUCACUAAGCGUAUGCUCAGAUGGUUGGCAGAGGGAGUGGGUAGGGGCUUGGAGCUGACUGGUGGCGGCAACGAAACACCAAAGGAAAUGCGAGAGCUCCAUCAGCUGCUGAUUGCCAACAUGGGUGAAAUCUACCUCGAAACAGCGCUCGACGCAGCAAACGACGCCGCAACAGCCGCCGAAUCCAACAUCCGAAGCGAACCCGACUUGACCUACAUCACGGACCUGCGCUCCGCCAUCAGCGUGCUCCACCUCAUGCUGACCACCAUCCAAGUGCUCCUCCUCCCCCUCGCCGCCAGCAACCUCACCGUCCACCGCGAGCUCGAAAAGCGCACCAACGAUUUCAUCGAACGCAUGGAAAACAAAAUCGACGCCAUCCUCCAACGCACCAUCGACAUCGCCAUGACCUGGACCUCCAAACUCCUCUCGCAACAACGCAAAAUCGACUUCCGCCCCCGCGACGACACCAAUCUACAACUCGACCAGCUCCAAACCCCCACAUGCCAACACGUCGUCACCUUCCUGUCCCGUCUGCAGUCGCGCGCCAGCACCGCACUCUCCGGCCGCGCCCUCGAAUCCUUCAGCCUCGAGCUCGCCCUCGGCCUUCGCACACUACUAGUCGCGCACUUCAAAUCCUACCAAGUCAGCCUGACGGGCGCCCUGCUCGUCAGCAAGGACAUCACGCGCUACAUCCAGCUCUUUCGCAGCUGGAACCUGCCCAUGUCGUUCGAGCCGAGUCUCGAGGUGCUGACGGAGAUUGCGAGUAUUUUCGUCAUUGGGCCGGAGGCUUUGCGCGAUCGGUUGCGCAAUGUGGGCGGUGGGGGCAGUGGGGGAUUGCAGGGGGUGGAGAAGACGGAUUUAAGGCCGUAUGUGUUGCGUCGGGAGGAUAGUGGGACGAUUGGAGUGCAGGCGGUGCUUAACGCUUUGUGA